AUGGCUAAGCAGCUAAAAACUAGUCAAGAUACCGAUGGUGCUUGUGUUACAGAGAUUCCAUUUAUUGCCCAAUGUGCAGUUGAACACCGGCUUUUACCGAGAAGUCUUGAUGAGUAUGAAGAUGAUGAAGCAGGGCAGAAGGAGCGAAAGAAGGAGGAUGCUAUUACCCAACAGAAUACAAUACAAAAUGAAAGUUGCAGUGCAGAUACCCCUGGCUCAUACUUAUUACAGGACUCCUCCAGGAUGGUUUCAAGCAGGUAUAAAAGCACAGCUAUUGCGCCAGAAGACGAUGCUCCAAAUAGAUAUUCCCGAACAGACAGGACAACUUACAGCAGAUACAGCAGGGAUGCAAAUUCUUCUGGCAGUUCUGUACCAAGUAACGCUUUGGAAAAGCGGAUUGAGGAACUUGAAAGGGAACUUGCAAAGGAGAGACAGGAAAAUGCAAGAUUAAUGAAGAUGACACAGGACAAAGAGGAACUAAUUGGAAAGCUGAAGGAAGAAAUUGAUUUAUUAAACAGAGACCUAGAUGAUAUAGAAGAUGAAAAUGAACAAUUGAAGCAAGAAAAUAAAACCCUCUUAAAAGUUGUUGGACAGCUGACAAGGUAGAAGAUUCAAGCCUCAGUGAGGAAAGAUUUAAAAACUACUGAUUGAACGUUAAGGUCAAUAUAAUAAUACUUCCUGUGUUGCAGUAUGUUAUAAUAACUGUCUUUAUAUUUAUUGUUAGGAUACCAGAUGAAUGUUUAUUUUCAUAGU